GAACAAGUGUAAAUGAUGUACGUGAAGAAAUCUUUACAACAGCCAGAACUUUCAGCAGUUUAUCUGCUCACAUCACCGCUCUGGACUGUUUCCUGUCCUCACAGUAUCUCCAUCUGACCAGCUGAAAGCUCUCACUGCAGUGCUGCAAUGAAUGGACUAAAAAUGCAAAGCUCUGGCCUGGUCUUGCUCAGCCUGCUGGUAGCCUCAGUCUAUACUGGGAAGAUACUGGUCUUCCCUGUGGAUGGCAGCCACUGGAUCAAUAUGAAAAUCUUGAUUGAGGCUCUUCAUACCAAAGGUCACAACAUUACAGUCAUACGAUCUUCAGACAGCUGGUACAUUGAAGAAACAUCUCCACUCUACACUUCCAUCACUUUACCAAUUGCAGGGAAUUUUGAUAAAGAAUUCAUUCAGAAUGUUAUAAGUAGGCUCUUGGAGAUUAUGAGAGAAGGUUCCACAUGGGCUCGACUGAAACUUGAGAAGGAGAUGUGGGACCAAUCAGUUGAAAUGUUUGAGAAAGAGAGAAGAAUGAUGAUCAGCAUGAUUGAAGACCAGGAACUGAUCCAGUCUUUGAGAAAUGCCAAAUAUGAUGUGUUUCUUACUGACCCUGUUGUAAUGAGUGGCACAAUUCUAAGCCAUUAUCUCCACCUGCCUCUUGUCUUCAAUGUUCGCUGGACCAUAAAUAAUGAGGGACAUUUUACAAUCGCUCCAUCACCACUUUCUUAUGUUCCUCUGCCAAUGUUAGAGCUGUCAGACCACAUGAGCUUUUUUGAGAGAGUGGUGAACGUGGUCAUGUACGUGGUAACUAGAUUACAGGUUAUGUAUUUUAUGGAUUCAAUAUACAAUGAUGUGUGUAAUCAGCUACUUGGUCCAGGAGUAAACUAUUUUGAAUUAAUACAAGCAGCAGAUUUGUGGCUGUUCAGAGUUGAUUUUGUCUUUGAAUUUCCACGUCCUACCAUGCCAAACGUCAUCUACAUGGGUGGUUUCCACUGCAAACCAUCCAAACCUCUUCCACAGCAUCUCGAGGACUUUGUCCAGAGCUCGGGUGACCACGGUGUCAUUGUCAUGUCUCUGGGAACUUUGGUUGGUCAGCUUCCUCAUGAUGUAGCCAAUUUAAUAGCUGAGGCUUUUGCAGAGCUUCCACAAAAAGUUAUCUGGAGAUAUAAAGGGGAAAGACCUUCCACAGUAGGGAACAAUACCUUAAUAAUGGACUGGAUGCCCCAAAAUGAUCUCCUUGGCCACCCUAAGACCAGAGUGUUUGUGGCUCAUGGUGGAACCAAUGGAAUUCAGGAAGCUAUCUAUCAUGGAGUUCCUAUCAUUGGUUUUGGACUCGUCUGGGAUCAGCCUGACAAUCUUGCAAAAAUGAGGGUGAAGGGAGUGGCCAAGAAUGUGAACUUUGCAACUGUGGACAAGGACUCCUUCCUUUUAACCUUGAAAGAAGUUCUCCAUGACCCUUCAUACCGGGAAAAUAUGCAGAGACUCUCCAGACUCCACAGAGAUGUCCCAAUAAAACCAUUAGACAAUGCUGUGUUCUGGAUCGAGUAUCUGAUGAGGCAUGGAGGUGCAGCUCACCUACGAACAGAGUCCUACAAAAUGCCCUGGUAUUCUUACCACUCUGUAGAUGUUGUACUGUUCCUGCUGUCUGUUCUCUCAUUUAUUGUCUUCACUACAUUUAUAAUCAUCAGACAUGUCUGCUGUAGGCGGGGCAUCAAGAAAAAAACCCAAUAA